AAUCCACCCCCAAUAGCGUUACCAAAGGUUUCGUAACACGGUCCGCGUUCAGAAGCGAACGGCGCAAAACAAGUCGCCGCCGUGCGUUAAACAAGCGCAGUGCUUUUCGGAAUUCAGGAUGCAAGGAAGUGAUCGGUUUUCUAUCAAUUCUCUCAUUGAUAACAGGAGCAGAGGGAGCCUGAGUAGUGACGGAGAGGAUGCACACGAUAUUUCUGGUCCAGAGGACGAAUCUGCUCCAGAGGCAAGACAUGCAGUGACAUCUUUUACAGUGAAAGAUAUUUUGGACCCGCACAAGUUUAAUGCUCCAAGGCGAAGGCCAAGUGAGAGUGAUUCAGACAGCGAAAGCCCUAGUAGAGGAGAAUCAAGAAAUAAUUCAUCAUGGCAUCCAUGGAUGGCGGCGACCAGAUUUAAGCGUUCACAAACCUCAAGCGAAUCUGACAAAUGUAUGGAAAAGGACAAGAACGAACACGAUUCAUCUAAUCAUCAAGAGAACGAAGAAUGCAAGUCGACAUCGGGGUCCAAAUCAAAGAGAAAGCGAAGCGGCUCCGACAGAUCAAAGGAAGGAAAACCACGACGAGCACGAACUGCUUUCACGUACGAACAACUCGUUGCUCUAGAAAACAAGUUUAAGAGUACUAGAUACCUGUCUGUUUGUGAAAGACUGAACUUGGCUCUCUCCCUAAGCCUAACGGAGACACAAGUGAAAAUUUGGUUUCAAAACCGACGCACAAAAUGGAAGAAGCAAAAUCCUGGAGUUGAUGUUACUGCUCCACCACGGCCUACGACUUUGCCCCACGCACCAUCUUUGGCUGGCUACGGAACCGGAAUUCUGUGUACAUCACAGUGCCCUACGCAAAUGCACCACUAUCCACACUAUCAACCGAGCACAGCUCAUGCUCUUCCGUGCAUUAUCAGACCGCAUCCGACCUAUGGACACAUGUAGAAAAAGCAAAGCUGACCGAAUCAAUAAGAACUACUGAACUGCAUCAAAGAUGUGACACACUUCUACCACUGAAACUUGAAAAAAAAAAAAAAAAAAAAAAAAACAAUCCACGAAAUCUGCUUCAAAGGAAAUCAGAUUUUAUCGUUGUUUGAAAUCGGUAUGAUGUGUGACAUGAUCGUUCAACUAUGCUCGUGGCACUCUUCCGCGAGGAGGGAAAGAAAUUAACUUGGACUGUGGAAUUAUAAACUGCAAAGCCAUUGUGCCGAGUACCAAACCAAUUUCUUAUCCAUUUGCAGUCUGCUCCAAAGCUCUCUAUAAAUUAAAGUGGGUUUUUUUUUUAUCUAAUCAUAGUAUUUAUAUAUAUGAAUUCCAAGGAUAUUCGAAAAUUUUGUUUUAUUUCGAAGCAGUCGCAUGCGUUCAAGUUUUCAUGUUUAAGUCUGAAUUUUUCUUGAUUAAAUCAAUGCCGAUUGUUCGAGGCGGAAACUAGGAACAGAGGGAGCUGUUAAAAUAUUAUCGUAAGUCAAAUUUCUGAACUGUAAAUACUGUACAAAAGCGAAUGUAAAAUAAUCGACCUCUUGAAGUAUCAUUUACAAACGAAAUUGCAAUGAAUGUUUCCAAGCAAGUUGAGAAAUUAAGUUACAAACCAAAAGAAUGUUUAACUUAAAAUGUACCUUUUUCUUUAAUUGUUAUGAAGGAGAAGCUUAGUAAAUAGCCUUUUUGGCCAGUUAUGUUGGAAACUGAGAACAUUCCAUGAAUAAAACUGGAUUGGAAAAAGUUUUCUGCAGACAGCUGUUUUCACAUUUCAUGAACUGAUUUCAGUACGGCAGCGUCGGUCGUCAUAGUCGAAGGGAAAUCGCCGAGGACUUCAAAUGUUUGUUUAAUAAGGUACAGAGAAACUUGUAAAGCAGUAGCUAAAAAUAAGAUAUAUCUACCACAGAAUCAUCUUUGGCUCAAACAAAGUGUUCAGUCCUUCUGUGAAAAUUUGUUUUGCUAAUUGGCAAAAAAUUUUGCUUUGAAUGCUACAAUGAACCGCCUCCUUUGUUGAUCCAUUACGACCCAAUUUGACCACACUGUGUUAGAGCGACAAAAUGAUCAAACUCACCACGACAUUACUUAUUUUCUUCGUACAAAAGAUUUGUAAUUCUCAGCAAAUAUUGAAUUUACGACCACUUCCCGAUGUCGGCUUUGUUUGAAAAAGAUUUAGAGCGGAAAAGCCUUCAUUAUACAAGGUCUCCUUCAAAGUUCACCUGGUGGAAAAUUACGCAAGUUAUCAAUCACUUUCAAAGAAAAACCUUGACAUUCAAACGUAACUUCAUUUCUAUAUUUUCAAAAUAAUUUCAGGCAAAAGGUGUUGACAAAUCUUGUUUUCAAGGCGCGCAUACUUCGUAUCUAUUCACUUUAGUCCCCAUGUCUAAUAAAGAUCCUCUUCAAGUUCCUUUCCUAGUUUAAUCGCCGUAUUGUCAAAGCUUUGUCGGUUGAAUCAAAAGAAAAAGGAAACUGGACCAUUUAGUUCAACCAUUUAGUGUGAACUUUAAAACUGAACAUGAUAAAGCUGCUAAGCUAAAAAUAGGCUUUUGACACUGACAGAGAUGAGUUACGUUAAAAUUAUACAAACAUCAUCUGUCCUUUCCUUUUCCUCUCAUAUCUAGCCGAAACUAAUAAGAUUCACUUUCAAACAGAUUUCCAACCAUUCGGUCGAGAGCUAGGCAGCUAGAGCUUUGGGAUAGAAUCUAAGCGUGACAUGAAUGAUCUACUUUGGCUACAGUAAAUUGAAAAUCUUUCGAGUCUGCUUGUUCCAGAAGUGUUUGAUUUGAAAGCACAUGGACUAGAAAAAAGUUCUUUGUUGGGUCAUGAAUCUAUGCUUCCAUUGUUACUUCGUAAAUGAAUCCUCAAGCAUUGUUCUUUGAACACCGAUCAUGAUACUUUACAAUAAAUUGCAAAUCUGAA